AUGUAUAAUUUGCCCUUUAGAGAGGUAAAAGGAGGUGGUAUAAACAGAAGUCCAAGUGCAUAUCUGCAAAACCCUGCAGAAGAGAGAGCAAGAUACCAUUCCAAUGUAGACAGAGAAAUGACCCUUUUGAAGUUUGUGGAUGAAGCAAGUGGCGAAAGCAUUGGAUCAUUUAAUUGGUAUGCAACUCAUGGAACCUCAAUGAGCAGAGACAACAAGCUUAUUAGUGGAGAUAACAAGGGUGUUGCUGCUAGACUCUUUGAAGAUUUCUUUUCUUCUCAAAACAAUUCUUCACCCUCUACCAUCACUUCCACUCUUCCACCAGACAUUGGACAGCUAGUGAAGAAAGCAAGAGGAAUAAAAGCGAGCGGAGGGCAUGAAUGCAGCAAAGAAAGAAGCGAAGAAGCGAAGGUGAGGAAGAACGAUGGGUCGUUGUUCGUGGCCGCGUUUUGCCAAUCAAAUGUUGGAGACGUCACUCCAAAUGUUGUUGGAGCGUUUUGCAUUGACACCGGAAAACCUUGUGACUUCAACCACUCUUCUUGCAAUGGCAAUGACCAGCUAUGUGUGGGCCGAGGACCCGGAUACCCAGAUGAAAUAUUAAGCACAAAGAUGAUAGGUGAGAGACAAUUCAUAACUGCUUGGAAGUUGUUUGAGUCUGCUUCAGAAGAAUUAAGAGGAAAGAUUGAUUAUCGCCAUGUUUAUGUCAACUUCACAAACAUUCAAGUUAAAUUGGAAAACAAGAAGGUAGUUAAAACUUGCCCUGCAGCCCUUGGUCCUGGUUUUGCUGCAGGCACUACUGAUGGACCUGGUGCUUUUGGCUUUCAACAAGGUGAUACAAAGAUUAAUCCUUUCUGGAAGCAUUUGAGGGAUUUGUUGAAAAAACCAAGCAAGCAUCAAGUGAGAUGCCAAAGCCCAAAGCCUGUUUUGUUAAGCACUGGAGAAAUGUUUGAUCCGUAUCCUUGGGCGCCAGCAAUUCUUCCAAUCCAGAUAUUGAGGCUGGGGAAAUUGAUUAUUCUUUCAGUACCAGGAGAGUUCACAACAAUGUCUGGAAGAAGGCUAAGGGAAGCAGUGAAGGAGACAUUAAUAUCUAAUGGAAAUGGAGAAUUCGACCAGGACACACACGUUGUUAUUGCAGGACUAACCAAUACUUACUCGCAAUACAUUGCAACUUUUGAAGAAUACCAUCAACAACGAUAUGAGGCUGCUUCAACUCUCUAUGGUCCUCACACAUUAUCUGCAUAUAUCCAAGAAUUCAAUAAGCUAGCGCGAGCAAUGGCUAAAGGGGAGAAAGUCGCCGCAAAAGGCCCUUCGCCGCCGGAUCUUUCAUCGCAACAACUAAGCCUCUUACUUGGUCCUUUUGAGGAGUCACCUCCAAAAGGCAUCAAGUUCGGCGACACAAAACAAGACAUAGCCCUUCCAAAAAGAGGCUACUUCUCCAAGGGAGAUAGGCCGAGCGCCACGUUCUGGAGCGCCAACCCAAGACAUGACCUUCUAACAGAAGGUACAUUUGCCGCGGUGGAGAUGCAUCAAGGGAAAAAGUGGCUUACCAUUCAUGAUGAUGAUGAUCUAAGCUUGUUUUUCAAGUGGCAAUUAGACAAUAGUUCCUUGCAUGGCUUAGCCAUCAUAGAAUGGGAAAUACCAAAUCAUGCUAUUUCUGGAGUAUACAGACUAAGGCACUUUGGAGCAUCAAAGACCUCCGGCACCUCCCGAAUCAGUUACUUUACCGGCACAUCACAUGCAUUUGCAGUGAAGUAGAAUAAUAUCACUUCUGUGAAAUA